UCCCUCCCUCCAUUGCCAUCCAUUUCAACAGCAUUUCACCCUCUCUCUCUCUCUCUCUCUCGCCCCCCUGCUUUGUUUUAUACAGUUUCCCUGUGACGCAUCCCUCUUGCUUUUCUGGGUUCUCAGCUUUGCUCAUCUUUAUCCGAUACAGGGCUUGAACCUUCGAUCCUCAAGGUUGAACACAUAUUCAACAAACCAUUUGAGGAUCCGAAGAGGCUUGCCAUAGAUUUCGUUCCUUAAAAUAUAUUCCAGAAAAUCCCUCUGCUCUUAACCAUAUGCCAUCAAUUUCUAUUUUCUUUUACUUCGGUAACAAUCUCUCUGUUUUCUUUCCUUCUAAGCUCGUCCAAUUCAAUAUGGUCUCUGGUUUCUCUCCAUAGAUAUUUUCUAGUUUUACAAGCAAACAGGUUCCUGUUUUUCUUACUUCUUAGGAUCUCACCUCGUUCCUCUUCAACAUGGCUGCUUGUUUCUUUCGCUAAAUUUCUACCUUUUGUUGCUACGGCCUCUCUUUUUUUUUUUUUUUUUUCCUUCCUCCUUGAACUCUCUCAGCUCGUUCCUCUUCAACAUGGCUAGUGGUUUCUUCCGCUAAAUUUCUUGCUUUGGGAGCUAAGGGCACCUUUUAAUUCUUCCUUCUCAAAUUCUUUCACUCGUUCUUCUUCAACAUGGCUUGUGUUUUUUCCCGCUAAAUUUCGAGCUUCAGGCACUAGGCUCCUGUUUUUCUUCCUUUUCAGGCUCUUAGCUCGCUCCUCUUCAAUAUGGGUUUUGAUUUAUUUUGCUAAAUUUCUAACUUUAGGUGCUAAGGAAUCCUGUUUUUCUUCCUUCUCAGGUUCUUAGCUCGUUCCUUUUUCAAUAUGGGUUUUGGUUUAUGCCGCCAAAUUUCUAGCCUUUAGGUGCUAAGAGAUCCUGGUUUUCUUCCUCAGGCUCUUAGCUCAUUUUUCUAUUCAACAUGGCUUGUGCUUUCUUCUUCCCAUAAGUUCCUUACAGUGAGGAGGAUCAAAGGAGCAUGGCUCGUGGUUUCUUCAGUUAGAUUUUUUUCUUUCGGUUACCGACAAAGAGCUCCUGCGUUUAUUCCUUUGGUGUCAAACGCACUAGCACUCUGCAACUCUGCAUUGGAGAUUCUUCAAGUAGUUGAAUAUGGAUGAUUUCAAUGGUCCAUUCGAAGGGGUCAUUAAUGAUUUUGAGGGAAGAAUGUCAAUCUACAAGAAAGAUUGGACUGCUGGACUUGGUUCAUUCAGGAUAUUGGCUCCAACUACCUACAUUUUCUUUGCUUCUGCUCUUCCUGUUAUUGCCUUUGGAGAGCAGCUAAGCAGGGAAACAGAAGGAAGAUUGAGCACUGUUGAAACACUGGCUUCUACUGCUCUCUGUGGUAUCAUACACUCAAUUUUUGGUGGACAGCCCCUGCUGAUAGUUGGAGUUGCAGAGCCCACUGUUAUAAUGUAUACAUAUCUAUACAGUUUCACCAAAGGAAGAAAAGAUUUGGGAGGGGACCUCUUCUUGGCUUGGGCUGGAUGGGUCUGCGCCUGGACUGCUCUCUUUCUGUUCCUCCUAGCAAUAUUCAAUGCCUGCAAUAUCAUUACUAGAUUUACAAGGGUUGCCGAGGAAAUGUUUGGCAUGUUGAUUACAGUCCUCUUCCUUCAACAGGCCAUCCUGGGUGUCAUCAGUGAAUUCCAUAUUCCAGCACACGAAGACCCAAAAGAAGCCAAAUAUCAAUUCCCAUGGCCAUAUGCAAAUGGAUUGUUGUCUCUCGUGUUCUCCUUCGGCAUACUUUUCACUGCCAUAGGAAGCAGGAAGGCAAGGUCAUGGUGGUAUGGGGCAGGGUGGCUUAGAAGUUUGAUUGCAGAUUAUGGAGUUGCUUUGUUGGUCAUGCUGUGGACAGCAUUGUCAUUCACUGUGCCAACUAAAGUUCCUUCUGGGGUUCCUAGGAGACUUAACAGUGACUCUGGAUCACUAUACCAUGUGACAGUAAUUUCCGAUAUGUGUAGUGUCCCAGUUGUAUAUAUUUUUGCUGCUAGCAUACCAGCAAUUUUGAUAGCAGGUCUUUAUUUCUUCGAUCAUAGUGUAGCUUCAAAGAUGGCACAGCAGAAGGAGUUCAAUCUCAAAAAACCAUCUGCAUACCAUUAUGACAUUAUAUUGCUUGGGAUUAUGGUCUUAUUCUGUGGUCUAAUUGGACUCCCUCCUUCAAAUGGGGUUCUCCCACAAUCCCCAAUGCAUUCGAAGAGUCUUGCAGUUCUAAAGAAGCAGUUGAUUCGAAAGAAGAUGGUAAAGGAGGCCAAAGAAUGCAUUAAGCAACAUGCCAGUAGCUCAGAAAUCUACAGCACAUUACAGGAGCUCUUUGUUGAAAUGGACAAAGUCUCUCCAUCCGUUACGGUGAAAAGUGAGCUCAAGGGAUUGAAGGAUGCAGUUAUGAUGGGUGUUGAAGACGGAGAUCCAAAGAAGCACAUAUUUGAUCCAGAGAAGGACAUUGAUGCCUACCUGCCUGUGCGGGUCAAUGAGCAGAGGGUGAGCAAUCUGUUACAGUCUAUGAUGCUGGGUGCAUCAGUAUGUGCUAUGCCUAUGAUUAAGUUGAUUCCUACAUCAGUUCUUUGGGGUUAUUUUGCUUUUAUGGCCAUUGACAGCCUCCCCGGAAACCAGUUCUGGGAAAGGAUAUUGAUGCUUUUCAUCACUCCUCGCCGCCGGUUUAAGGUCCUAGAAGGUGAUCAUGCUUCCUUUGUGGAAUCAGUGCCAUUCAAGCAGAUUGCCAUGUUUACCAUUUUCCAAUUCUUCUAUUUUCUAUUAUGCUAUGGGAUAGCAUGGAUACCCGUAUUUGGCAUGUUGUUUCCAGUGCCAUUCUUCAUACUGAUAAGCAUUAGACAACACAUCCUCCCCAAAUUCAUGGACCCACAUCACCUUCAGGAAUUGGAUGCUGCAGAGUAUGAGGAGAUUGCUGGUGCCCCGUAUCAGAUGUUGAAGGAAGAAGAAGAAAAUCAUAUGGACAGUGAACAAGCUGGUGUGGAUAUGUGUGAUGGCGAGAUAUUGGAUCAGCUAACCACCCGUAGAGGAGAGUUGAAGAUUAGAACUAUGAGCAGGGAGAGAAGUUUGACCAUAGAGAGAAGUUUGACCAGAGAGAGGCGCUCCCAAGCAAGAAUUUACCCUGUAGUGUUUUCAAUCCAGGAGUAGCAUGGAUGAGUAACUUGUAGAAGAAGAUGAUAAUGAUUCAUUAUUGGAACUUAUAAUAAAGUAAUUGAGAGAUUGAGAUAUCUAUCCAUCUUUAGAUGGAAUUUUAAUUUGA